AACCAUAGCGAGAAUCUGAACAUGUGUUGUGAAGAUAGUUACCUUAUCAGUGUUGACCAUAUUAAUUGUUCCUCUUAUUUAUGUUACGGCAACCAUCAUGUUUGGCUCUCGGCUUCUGGUAGUAUUCACACUCAGCCUUUCAGCCUUAGGAUCACCUUCGGUCCCAGUACACCUGCUCAAUGCUGGUGUGAAGGUCGUUGGAGGCGAGGUGGCAGCAAAAGGGCAGUUUCCAUAUCAGGUGAGUUUCCAAGAGAGGAUCCUGGGUGUGUGGAAGCACUUUUGUGGAGGUACCAUCAUCGAUCCCAGCUAUGUCAUCACUGCCGCCCACUGUGUUGAGGGAGCUGACUUUACUUCCCCACAAGGAUUACGGGUGGUGGCAGGGGAACAAGACCUCCAUGAGUUGGAUGGUGAUGAGCAGGUGCAAAACAUCAACUUCAUCAUAGAGUACCCUUACUAUGAUCCGAUUACCUACGAGAACGACAUUGCCAUACUGCGUUUGGAGGAACCGUUUGUCUACAAUGAGUUCGUGAACCAGUUAGAUCUGCCCCAGUUCGACAAGAAUGUGACAGGAGAGUUGUGCAAUGUGUCAGGGUGGGGAAGGACCACGGAGGGGGGAAAAGCAUCUACCAUACUGCUCUACACUCAAGUGCCCGUCCUCACCGAUCAUGACUGCCGAGAAGCCUACACCCAGGAUGAGAUUAUGGACUCCAUGCUAUGUGCAGGGCUUGAGGAAGGUGGGAAGGGAAUCUGCCAGGGUGACUCAGGGGGACCAUUAGCUUGUGAAGCGUCAUUAUUUGGAGUGGUGUCCUGGAGCUAUGGCUGUGCUCGACCUGGCCUCCCUGAUGUCUACACAGAGGUGUCUUACUUCAUUGAUUGGAUCCACUCACAUGUCACUAGUUUAAAAGAAUAAAGUGCUGUAUGAUUUUUGGAAGCAUGCUGGAAAA